UUCAGUCAGUGCAAGUAAAAACUGGACUAUGUGUUCAUGAGGGUUUUUUUUCCAAACGAAUUCUUUCUGUAAAUUUGAAAACACAAGGAGGAGUUUGUGAUUUUAGAACAUUUCAUCAUAUAAGAAUACGAUGUCGUUAUCGAAGUACACAUCGACACCAGAGACGACAAACACCGCUCGGCUGGCGAGGCUCAUACUGGGACCAUGUACUGAUGUAUUACGUGAAAUUCUUAAAAAGGAAAUUCCACCGUCUGAUUUAUCCAAGAAAGUCAAAGAAUGGACUGAUGAUUUUAAGAAAAACAAAAAACGCAACCCUCUUAAUCCAUCACAAAAUGACAUCAUUUUCCCCUCACUAACAAAUCAGUAUUGGGGAGACUAUUCAGACCUUGAUAUAUCUAUCUUGUACAUCAUUCUUCGGAAUGUCAGUAAAAUACCUCCACAUUCUAAAGGUUGGGGCAAGAACCCAGACCCCGCUGAUAGAAGUGUCGCCGCAAAUAUCGAACGGAUUCGUCUUCUUCGGAACAAAUACUACGGCCAUUCUGCCGAUAUAUUUCUUUCUGACUCUAAAUUUAGUCAGGAAUGGCGGAACAUCCGGGACAUCGUUGUUGAAUUAGAGCGCCAUCUAGGGACGUCUACUGUCUACCAGGAGUCUGUGAAAGAAAUAAAAGCAUGUUCCAUGGAUCCUGAACAUGAGCAUAAAUACAUAAAUCGACUUGGGGUUCUUGAAGAUCUACAUUCAUCUGUGUCUAAAUUUUCAGAGAAGCUGAGUGACAUGGAAAAGAAACUAAGUUUGCGCAUUGAUCCAAAUCUUGAAAAAGAAAUUGAAACAACAAGGGUUAUGGUCAACAGUCAUCAUAAGGAAACGGAGAAAAUCCUUGUUAAAACCCGGGCAUUUGACAGAGCAAAAGAACUGUUAGAGAAAAACGGACACGUGGUGAUUAAAGGCAUCCCUGGAGCUGGGAAAACUACAUUAGCCAAGUACUUGUUGAAGAUUGCCAUUGAGGGAGGGAAACGUCCUCUUCAAGUAUUUAAGUUCUCCAGACUCUAUGGCAGGGUUUCACCGAUUGAUAAUUUAGCGAUAUUUAUUGAUAAUGCAUUUGGGGAAUUCUCCUUUUCAGUGAAUGAUUUAAAUGAAUUUUUGAAUAAGAAGGAAUUGAUAGAAUCUCUUGUGAAAUCCAAGAAUAAUGAAAUGGGAAAUGUACUCAUUGUGACUGUCAGAAACGAUAUUUUUAAGGAAAUAACCGCUAAACAGAAACAUGCCGCUCUACUUUUUUCAUCAAUGACUGAUUUAUCAACUGGUGAAUAUGCUUUGGAAACUGAGGAGCUCGUUAUGUUUCUAGAAAAUUAUAACCUUCCAGGAAAAACAAAAGAAAACUUUAAAUUAAGACAGGCCGAGGUACCCUGGGGCUUUCCACAAUGUUGCAGACUGGCGCGUGAAAAUCCUGCUUUCGGAAAAGAUCUUUCAAAUUUUCUUCGUUGUCCCUCAAUUUUCCUAAAAAAAUAUCUGGAAACCCUGAUUAGAGAAAGAGCUGUUAAAAUGUCAGUGCUUAUAUACCUUCUGUUGAAAGGUGGAAGUGUGGAGUCCUCACUGUUCUCUGUUCAAAAAGAUAGGAAAAUUAAAUCCAUUGCAUUAAAAAUGCUUGAAAUCAGUCCCCGUUUACUUGGUGAAUUCCACGAAAGUGUAAAGGUUUUUGAAGGUUUUUUAACAAUGUACGAUAAAAUUAACGAUUUGUAUUCCUUUUCACAUAGCUCAGUACAAGAUAUUUUAUUCCAUACUCUUAUUGUCACUCUUCCCGAGGAAACAAUUCUAAAUUGUCACCCUGUCUUGCUUCAAAGAUUGACAACAGCUGAGCAUCUGAAAAGCAGAAACAUUUUGGUUGAUGCAGAAUUGUUUGCAAUUAUUUCUAGUAGAAUAGUUCAAAGUUUGAGAGAUAGAUCACCUGAUGAAUAUGAAUCCAUUUCUUUUUUAGAUUUAUGGAAAGACGAAGCAUUUUUUGAAUAUGUCUUAAAAGAUCAGGUCUGUAGUGACCGCUUUCAGGAAAGUUUUGAUUCAAAUGGUAACUCAUUGCUAGUGCAUUUUGCAAAAUCAGGUCAAAUCGCUUGGGUGCAACACUUGUUACAACGUAGUUGUGAUAAAAUUCAAAAAUAUAGAUCCCUGAAUGCCGCGAGUAGCAAAAAUCAUGUACAAAUCGUAAAUCUGAUUUUAUUAGAAGAUAUAAAAUGUGAUUUAAAUGCUUGUUUCCACGCAGUACAAAGUGGUAAUUUAGAUUUGGUAUUCAAAAUCUGUAAGUCUGUAGAUUUGAGUCAAACUUGUUUAUCAAUUGUAAGGGCUAAUACUUAUCACAGUUUAAUCCAAGAGGCUUGCGACUCGGGACAAACUCAUUUAGUACAGCCUUUGAUUGAAAAAUAUCCUAUUUUGAAAGAUAUUAAAUCUAGAAAUGGCGACACUGUGUUGCAUUAUGCAUCUAAAAUUGGUGAUAUCAGUAUAAGCAGCUAUCUAGUAGAUAAUUACCCAGAAUUAAUUGACGUCAAAAACAAGGACGGGUUCACAGCAUUAUAUUCUGUAUGUGCAAAUGGCGACACAAAACUGAUUUCUUUUCUAAUAGAAAAAGGGUUUGAUAUCAAUGCUUUGACAAACGAUAAUGUAAGUGUCCUUCAUAUUGCUUGUUUAUGUGGUAACUAUGAUGCAUGUGCCUUUCUUGUCACUAAUUAUCCACAAUUACUGGACAUAGAUUUCAAUGGAAGAUUCACCGUGUUACAAGUUGCAUGUGUAUCUGGAGACAGAAGAUUGAUUUCUUUUCUAAUAGAUAAAAAAAUGGAUAUUAAUGCACUGACAGAUAAUGGAGAAAGUGCCCUUCAUAUUGCAUGUCGUAAUGGUAAUUACGAUGCAUGUGAAUUUCUUGUCACUUAUUAUCCGCAAUUAAUUGACGACAUAAACAACAACGGACACACAAUAUUACACUCUGCAUGUGAAAAUGGAGACAGAAAAUUAAUUUCUUUUCUGAUAGAAAAAGGUUUAGAUAUAAAUGCACAGACAAUUGAUAGAGAAAGUGUCCUUCAUAUUGCAUGUCGUAAUGGUAAUUAUGAUGCAUGUGAAUUUCUUGUCACUAAUUAUCCACAAUUAAUUGACGUCAAAGACAAUGACGGGUACACAAUAUUACAUGUUGCAUGUGAAAAUGGAGACAGAAAGUUAAUUUCUUUUCUGAUAGAAAAAGGUUUGGAUAUUGAUGCACAGACAAAUAAUGGGAAAAAGGUUCUUAAUAUUGCAUGCUUAAAUGGUAAUUAUGAUGCAUGUAAAUAUCUUUUCAAUAAACGUCCACAAUUAAUUGACGUCAAAGACAAUAGUGGGUACACAGUAUUACACUAUGCAUGUGCAAAUGGAAGCAUGAAAAUUGUUUCUUUUCUGAUAGAAAUAGGCUUGGAUGUUAAUGCAUUGGCGGGCGAUGGAAAAAGUGUCCUUAACAUUGCAUGUUUAUAUGGUAAGUAUAAUGCAUGUGAAUUUCUUGUCACUAAUUAUCCACAAUUAAUUGACGUCAUAGACAAAAGAGGGUACACAAUAUUACACUGUGCAUGUGAAAGUGGAAAUAGAAAGUUAAUUUCUCUUCUGAUAGAAAAAGGUUUGGAUGUUAAUGCACUGACAAAUGACGGAGAUAGUGCCCUUCAUAUUGCAUGUAGUCAUGGUAAGUAUGAUGCAUGUGAAUUCCUUGUUACUAAUUAUCCACAAUUAAUGGACGUCAAAAACAAUGAUGGUUACACAAUAUUACACUCUGCAUGUAUAAAUGGAAGCAUGAAAAUAAUUUGUUUUCUGAUAGAGAAAGGUUUGGAUGUUAAUGCACUGACAAACAAUGGGGAAAAUGUCCUUCAUAUUGCAUGUCUCAGUGGUAGGUAUGAAGCAUGUGAAUUCUUUGUUUCCUAUUAUCCAAAUUUAACUGACGUCAAAAAACAUUAGAAUGUGCACAGUAUUACAUUCUGCAUGUGUAAAUGGAGACAGGAAAUUGAUUUCGUUUUUGAUUGAAAAGGGUCAGAAUAUUCAUGCUUUUAGAGAUGAUGGAAAAAAUGCCCUUCAUAUAUUCAUAUCGUUAGAAUGAUGCAUGUGAAUAUCUUAUUACUAAUUUUCCACAAAUAGCCGAGGUCAAGGACAAUAAAGGGUACACAGUAUUACACACUGCAUGUAAGAGCGGAGAUAAAAAAAAAUAUUUCUUUUCUGAUAGACAGAGGUUUAAAUAUAAAUGCACUGACAAAUGAUGGAGAUAGUGUCCUUCAUAUUGCAUGUUGCCAUCGUAGGUAUCUUGCAUGUGAAUUUCUUGUCAUUAAAUAUCCACAAUUAACUGGCGUCAAAAACAAUAAAGGGUACACAGCGUUACAUUCUGCAUGUGUUGACCGUGGAGACAGUAAACUUAUUUCUUUUCUGAUAGAAAAGGGUUUUGAUGUUAAUGCAUUGACAAAUGAUGGGGAGAAUGUCUUUGAUAUUGCUUGUUCCCAUGGAAAUAUUGAUUUAUGUACAUUCAUUGGCACUUCUUAUGCACUAUUACGUCAGUCAAAAGAUUAUUCUGGUAUUACUCUUGAACAUGUUGCAUCAUAAAUGGGAAUCUAGAAUCUCGAGGGGUUAUCAAAAAGUUUGUGGACUAGCGCCAGAAAAUUAAGACCGCUUUAUGUACAAUAAUGAAUGAAUGAAUGAAUGAAAAAAGAAAUAUCUAGUAAGUAUGAUAUUUUCUAUCUAAACAACAAACCACAAAUCAUAAAUGUUAUUCUUUAAUAAAUUAAUGUUUUUGUAAGGAAUGGUAUAUCCAGGUGACGCAACUUUGAAAAUGACGUUUUUUUUUACCUAUGUGUAACUGAGAAAAACUAUUUUGAUAUGAACAUUUGACAUUUAAAAUCCCGUUGAUUCAGGUGUAUUGGGACACUAUUGUUCCAUAAAAUAUGGAAUUUUUACCUCAUUUUGGAAGUUCCAUGAAAUUUUAUCGGGAAUUUUACAUGGAGUAUCCAAACAAAUAUUGCUUGAAAAUGAGGUAAAAAAAUAUGUGACCUAGGAAAUUGUUUAACCAGGCUACGGAGAAAUAAUGUGCGUUAGAGUAUUUUUUUAAUGCCAAAUAGAUUCAGAGGGAAAAGGAGUAAACAGUUAAUGCCGAUUUGUAGUCAAUGUGUGAAAAAUCAAUCACGUCAAUAAAUGACGUUGUUCAUGUCUUGUAGAUAUUUAACUCCAUAAAGC